AGAAUCCAAAGUCUAGCUUGCAAAGAGUAGACCACCAUCCUUCUCCUUUUCCUCUCCUUCUCCUUCUCCACGGGGCAUGCAUUCCCACGGUACCAAGGUCAAGGGAACUAGAAGCCUUUUUUUAACCGUUGAAGUGACGUUACAUAGAUCACAGUGAGAGCAAAAUUUUUUCACAUACAAAAGUACAAAUAGAGGUUAUAUAUAUUUUUCGCCCAUAAAGCUCGUGGACGUGACCGUUAACCGGUAAAAUCUCAAGGACCUGGAAGUAAACGCGGCCCAGAUUAAUAUCAAACCCCACCUCGGCACCCCCACGAGCGGAACUUUGUCUAAUCCCCACCAACUCCACCUUUCCCCUGCUCCCAUUCCCCGAGAUGGCGGCGAAGGCGGAAGAAAUCCCGCCACCCCCCGCCGCCGUGGCAGGCGGCGCCUCCUCCCAGGAGCCCCCUCUAGAGGAAGCGGAGAAUAGAGAAGGAGCUCGGCUGGCGAAGCGACGGCGGACUUUCCCGGCGACUCUGGAGACGCUAUCUUCUCCAGCCGCGGUGGGCGAGGAAUUAGGGGAAUCGGGGCGAAAGGGGUUCUCCUUCUCCUUCGACGCGAGGAGCGUGGCGCCGAUCGAGACGACCCCCAAGUUCGGAUCUUUCAACUGCUCGGCUUUGGAUCUGGGGGCGGAGGAGUCUGCUCUGAUCGAGAAGAAGGAAAUAGAGGAGGACCAGAAGGGAGAGCGGAAGAGACGGAGAACGUCCCCGCCGGCGCUGGAGACACGGUCUUCCCCGGCGGGGCCGGAGGCGGAGGAGGAGAACGUCGGGGAAUCAGGCGGGUCGGCGGGAGGAGGGUUCUCGUUCUCCUUCGAGGGCAGGAGCGUGGGAACGGUCGAGGCGGCCCCCAAGUUCGGGUCUUUGCGGUGCGCAGCGGCGGAUCUGGGGUCGGGAAAGGCGGAGGCGGGGGAGGGUGGGGCGGAAGGCAGCGGCGAGGGCAAAAUCGGAAUUUGAGAUUUUUCUUAUUUCAGGCUUCUUGGCCACUUUUAUGUGUUUCCUCUUUUGUAAUUUCUGGUGAGUGUAAGCCUAUGUAAGAAAAUAAGAGUGAUUCAUGAUGACCGCUUGUGGAUCAA